CACUGGCUGGUGGCUGGGCUGGACUCCAAGGACGGAAAACCAACCCGAUCCCAACCUUGGCAUUCCGCUCACGAGCUCUCCGCCUCUCUCUCUCCUCUUCUCUCUCUUCCACCCCCACGCCAAUUUCGAAACAGCGAGAGCAGCCAAAAGCCGAGCCCUUCCUUCUCAGAUUAGAACCUAGCGAGGGAGCGGGGAAGCAAAAACUGGGAGGUUGGAGCGCGAAUUCGGCGUCGAUCCGGCGCGGUGUCUGCGGAUGGCGGCCGCAGAGCAGCUGAGGGAGCUCGGGGAGAAGCUGCAGGCGGCGCCGCCGGCCCCCGCGGACGAACUCGCCAAGCUCCUCGAGAAAGCUGUGGAAUGCUUUCAUGGAGUAGAGCAGUCACCGGGGUCCUCGGUGAUGGAAGCUAUCCAACCAAGUUUAAAGGCUGUCACCAGAGAAGAACUUAUGAAACAUGAGGAUGAAGAUGUCAAAGUUCUCUUGGCAACCUGCUUCUGUGAAAUUACAAGAAUAACUGCCCCUGAUGCUCCCUACAAUGAUGAUGUUUUAAGGGACAUAUUUUAUCUGAUCGUGGGUACAUUUAGUGGACUCAGUGAUAUUAAUAGCCAAUCCUUUGGCAGGAGAGUUGCUAUUCUCGAAACAGUUGCUAGAUACCGAGCAUGUGUUGUGAUGUUAGAUCUUGAAUGCGAUGAUCUCAUCACGGACAUGUUCCGAACAUUCUUAGAAGUUGUCAGUGAAAGUCAUGAACAAAACAUUGUAAAGUCAAUGCAGACAAUAAUGACCCUUAUUAUAGAUGAGAGUGAAGAUAUACAGGAGAGCCUUCUACGUGUACUGUUAUCAGCUUUAGGGUGGAGGAAAACUGGGGCUGCAAUGUCUGUGCGUAAGCUUGCUUGCAACGUCAUUGAGCAUUCUGCUGGAAAACUUGAACCGUACAUAAAGAAGUUUCUCGUAUCAUCCUUGGCUGGGGAUAGCAGUUCUUCAAAUGAUCAAAUUGAUCAUCACAGAAUCAUAUUUGAUGUGUAUCAGUGCGCUCCGAAGGUUCUUAAGGUGGUUGUGCCUUAUGUAACUGGGGAACUACUGGCGGAUCAAGUAGAUAUUCGUUCUAAAGCAGUUGAAUUACUCGGAGAAAUUUUUUCUUUGCCUGGAGCCCCAAUCUUGGAAUCUUUCAAGUCUCUUUUUGCGGAGUUCCUGAAGAGACUGACUGAUAGAGUAGUUGAAAUACGUGUUUCUGUGAUUGAGCAUUUGAAGAGAUGUCUUAUGUCAAACCCUUCCCGACCUGAAGCUCCAGAAAUUAUCAAGGCACUUUGCGACAGAUUGUUGGAUUAUGAAGAAAAUGUGCGAAAGGGAGUGGUGGCUGCACUUUGUGAUGUAGCUUGCCAUUCACCUGAUGUUAUUCCAAUUGACACAAUUAAAGUAGUAGCAGAGCGUGUCCGUGAUAAAUCGCUGACUGUGAAGUGCUUUACCAUGGAGAGAUUGGCAGAUAUUUAUAAGCUGUACUGCCAGAGGGGUUCUGAUAGCUCAACAAAUUCUGAUGAUUUUGAGUGGAUAACUGGAAAAAUAUUAAGAUGCCUUUAUGACAAAGAUUUUAGACCGGAGUCAAUCGAAUCAAUUUUAUGUGAUUCAUUGUUCCCACCAGAGUUUCCAACUAAGGGAAGAGUAAAACAUUGGGUAACAGCCGUUACACACUUUGAUAAAGUUGAGAUGAAAGCUCUUGAACAGAUUCUUCUGCAAAAGCAAAGACUGCAACAAGAAAUGCUGAAAUACAUGUCCCUUCGGCAACUAAGCCAGGAAGAUGCCCCUGAUCUACAAAAAAGAAUUCUGGGUUGUUUCCGGAGCAUGUCGCGCUUAUUCAGUGACCCUGCAAAGUGCGAGGAGAACUUGAACAUGCUUCAUCAGCUAAAAGAUGACCAUGUCUGGAAAAUAUUCACUAGCUUGCUUGAUUGUUCAACUACAUUUGAGAAAGCUUGGUCUCUUCGGGCUGAUUUGCUUAAGAUACUUGGUGAAAAUCAUUCACUUUAUGAUUUUGUUGGCGCAUUAGCAAUGAGAUGUUCAUAUUUACUUGUAAACAAGGAGUAUGCCAAAGAGAUUCUCUUGGAAGCUUCUGAACAAAAGACUUCAGGGAAUACAAAACUGAUCUCAUCAUGCAUGAAUCUCCUAACGGCAAUAUCUAGUUUCUUUCCUUCGCUUUUAUCUGGACUUGAAGAAGACAUUGUUGAACUCCUGAAGGAGGAUAAUGAACUUCUUAAAGAGGGUAUCGCUCAUGUUUUAUCGAAGGCUGGUGGAAAUAUUCGAGAGCAGCUAGCCUCAUCAAGCUCCCUUGAUCUUCUAUUAGAGCGGUUAUGCUUAGAGGGCACGCGGAGACAGGCUAAAUACUCUGUUCAUGCACUUGCUGCCAUUACAAAAGAUGAUGGUCUUAUGUCACUCUCUGUUCUGUACAAGAGGCUUGUGGAUUUGUUGGAAGAGAAAAAAGUGCAUUUACCAUCUAUCUUGCAAUCUUUGGGGUGUAUAGCUCAGAUAGCGAUGCCAAUUUUUGAAACACGGGAAGAAGAGAUUAUAAGUUUCAUAACUAAAAAAAUUCUUGAGUGCAAUGAUAUGGUUGAAGAUUCUUCUCACAAAUCUGAAUGGGGUGAUAGUACACAGAAUUGUUUGUUAAAGAUUUAUGGCAUUAAAACUUUGGUGAAGAGCUAUCUGCCUUGCAAAGAUGCUCAUGCACACCCAGGAAUAGAAAAAUUAAUUGGUAUUCUGAAGAAUAUUCUUACCUAUGGUGAUAUUUCUCCAAAUAUGAUUUCAAGUGCUGUUGAUAAGGCCCAUUUGAGGCUUGCAGCAGCGAAAGCUGUUCUCCGCUUAUCAAGACAAUGGGACCAAAAAGUGCCUGUUGAUGUGUUCUAUUUGACUAUGAGGAUUUCACAGGAUGAUUUUCCUGAGGUAAGGAAACUAUUCCUUUGUAAAGUACAUCAAUAUAUCAAGGAGAGGGCCUUGGAUGCAAAAUAUGCUUGUGCCUUCUUGUUAGGCAUUGACGAUUAUUGUGCCCCGCAGUAUGAAGAGUUCAAGCACAACCUGAUUGAGGUGGCUCAGAUAUGCCAACAAGUUAAAAUGCGUCAACCUUCAGUCCAAGCAGACAUGAAUUUGCUGACUCUUUACCCAGAAUAUAUACUUUCCUAUUUGGUUCAUGCCCUUGCUCAUGAUCCUUCAUCCCCAGACAUUGAGGAACAUGAGAAUGUCAAAGCAUUUGGUCCAAUUUACUGGCGAUUGCAUCUGAUUCUUUCAACUCUUCUGGGAGAAGAAGGUUUGCAACAUAGUGGUCCAGACAUGAAAAAGGAGAGCUUCACAACAAUAUUAUCUAUAUUCAAAAGUAUCAAAUGUGCACAAGAUGUGGUAGAUAUAAAGAAGACCAAGACUCUGCAUGCUCUAUGUGAUCUUGGUACUCUUAUUGCAAAGAGGUUAUGCCAAGACCAACUAAAUCUAUCAGAAACUCAAACAGUUCCAUUGCCUGCUCAAUUUUAUGCGCCAUCUCAGGAUAACCAAAAUGAUAGUUCUGUGGAGAUUGAUGAGCAGAUGUGGUUGGGAUGUGAGAAAGUACUUGCCCAUUUUGAGACUCUAAUGACAGCAAACAAUGAUGAGGUUGAAUCUCCCAAACAUAAGAUGCUUAUAGAUGAGACUGAUGAAUUCGGUAAUGAAAUUACCCUUGGGAAAAUUGUUAAACUUCUUAAAUCUCAAGGAGAAAAGAAGACGGGGAGAGAGCAGAAGACAGCAUCUGGUUCCAUAAAUGCAGGGAACGAUGAUGAUGUCCUGGGAUUGUUAAGAGAAAUUAACUUAGACAACCAAGAAAAUUUGGGGGAAAUGGAAAAGAGCAAACCUAAGAAGUGUCGGGUGGAUAUAAAAGAGAGCAACGGGAAGCCAGUAGAUUUUUCUACUCCAAAACGCAAAAGAUCAAUUUCUAAGAAUAGACCACAUUCAUCAAAAGGCAGUAAAAACAGUGAUGAGCUUCUUCUGCAUACUCCAAACACAGACGGGACCAUUAACUCUUUGGAAAGUAAGUUAAAGGAGGAGAAAGGCAAAAAGGAAUCAACUGAUACAGAGAUGUUAGUAUCGCCGACUAGUAGUAAAACCCCUGUAUCCAAAGGAAAUAAGGGUGCCAAAAAAUCUUAUACUGACAUCUUGAAUAGUGGCCCAAUGAAGUCUGCUAACACAGACAGCAGUAAGAGAACGACUGAAUUGGGAAGACUAAAUGGGUCAGUCAAAAGGCAGAAGCCAAAAUUGAUUUCUGAUUUAGCAAAGUGCUCAACGCAUGACUCAAGUAGCGCAGACUUGGUGGGACACCGAAUAAAAGUUUGGUGGCCUUUGGAUAAGAAAUUUUAUGAAGGUGUUGUGCAAUCAUAUGAUUCAUCAAAGAAGAAACAUACGGUGCUAUACGAUGAUGGAGAUGUUGAAGUGCUUAACUUGGCUAAAGAAAAGUGGAUAAUGAUUGAAAGUAAUGAUUCAUCAGUGAAGAAGCAAAAGAAGGAUCAUCCAGGGACAAACAAAGGACGAAAACAGGAGAGAGCUAGCAGCAGCAAGCAAACUCUGCCUAACCAAAAUAAGUCAAAGAAGAGGCCCUUGCCUCCAAAGAGGAAAGGGUUGCCAAAGAACAAACGUAGAAAGACUGCAGAAGGUAAAAAGUCUGUCGAAGAGAGCAGUGGAGCUGGUGUUAAUGAUUCAGAUUCAUCCAGUUCUCUUGCUCAUUCAGAUGUUGACAAAGAAGUAAACUCUGAUGGCCACAUGGAGGAAGAAGCAGCAGUUAGCUCUCCUGAGAAAGACAAGGCAAAAGAUUCCAAAGAUGUAGAGAUGAAAGAGGAAAAACCGGAAGGUCAUAAUUUGAACGGCAAGGAGGAAUCUGAUAAUGAAACUCUUAGCUUGUGGAAGAAACGCACAACAAAAGCAACGUAGUCUUGCCUUCUCAGUUGACCUUUCUUAGUAGGAUGCAGAUUUCACAGGCAGUCGUUGGGGAAUGUGGAUAUAUCAUUGAUUGACCCUUGCAGUUGACAGUUGUAAUGUAGAAAUUGUUCUUUUCGAUAGCAACAGGUUAGUACAGAAGAGCACUGGAAUAGGAUUUGCUUGUAAUAUUAUUAGAUGCCGGCACUUGUUGCCCGUUAGCUAUGGCAUGGCGUCCCCGGAAUCUCUGUCGUGUAUAUCCUUGAGAGGGUCAGAUGUUGUGUUUAUCUGUAAGUUCUUUUGCAGGAGAUGGUGCUUGUGUUGAACUCAUGUAGGAAUGUUGUAGGCAAUAAACCAGUGACUUGUGUUGUAAAACUAGCAAUGGGCAUCCAAUUUUGGCCCCUUCUCUAAAGAACCAUAUUUUGGUUGUAGAAUGUGACGCUGGAGAUGUAUUCGGAGUAAUAAGGAGCGAGUUAGUGUAGUGUUGUUUUGUUACGCUAACAUAUUUAUUCCAUAUAUUAUGAUUAGUGA